UUGUCUGUUCUCAGGAUCCCCUCACCUGUCAGAGGCGGCUCAGCUUUGGUUCCCGGAAAAGAUGCUCAUGAUAAAAAAUGACAGAGUCCUGGUCUCUGCCAAGCAAAGGCAAUUGUGAGGCUCCGUGACUCUGCCCAGGUGAACGUACCUCCUCCAGGAUGGGGACUCGGGUGUCCGGCUCCCCCUCCUCACCUGCUGCUCCCACCUGGCUCCACCCACAGAGUCCUCUGGUCGUGGGUACCUUGAGGUGCCUGGCCGAGGUUUCUGUAACCUUUGAGGAUGUUGCAGUGUAUUUCUCCAGGACAGAAUGGUGCCUCCUUGAUGAGGCUCAGAGAUGCCUGUACCUCGAUGUGAUGCUGGAGAACUUUGGUCUUAUAUCUUCGUUUGGUUGCUGCUGUGGAACAGAGGAUGUGGAGGCACCCUCUGAACAGAGCGUUUCUGUAAGAGUCUCAAAAGCGAAGAAUCCCAAGACAGCUUUGUCUUCCAAGAAGAGCCACCCCUGUGAGAGUUGUGGACCAGUCUUGAGAGAUAUUUUCUUCUUGGUUGACCAGCCAGGAACACAACAUGGUUCGACACUGCUGAGGUGUGGGGCAUGUGAAAAACCAUUUUAUUUCAGUGCACAGAGUCACCAGCACCAGGAGCAGGACACAACAAAGUAUUGUUUCAUAAGCAGUGUGGACAAGGCCUUCCUUGGAAAGAGCUGCAAUUUCCAUAUGUCAUGGAAGCCUCGUACCUCUAGUCAGGUUGGAAAAGAUCUCCUCAUCAGCUCAGAACCCCUCAAGCAACUGGCUACUCACAACAUACACAGGGCAAACGAAAUCUCUAAGUCUGGAAUGACUUUUGAAAGUACAGAAAAUUACUAUACUGCAAGAGAAUGCCAGAACGCCAUUGGCUGUAAUCACAUGGUUGUUGAAGACCAGGAAUUCCUGACAGGAAGACAGUGUUUUCUGUGUUGUGAAUGUGGAAAAUCUUUUACCAAUAGCUCUGCACUCUAUGAUCAUCACAGAGUUCACACUGGGAAAAAGUCUUAUGAAUGUGAUGAAUGUGGAAAAAUUUUUAAGAGGAAAUAUGACUUUAAAUGUCAUCAGAGAGUUCAUACUGGAGAAAGGCCUUAUGAGUGCAUUGAAUGUGGAAAAUGUUUUACCAGUAGCUCUGCCCUUUGUUAUCAUCAGAGAGUUCACACUGGAGAAAGGCCUUAUGUGUGCAGUGAAUGUGGGAAAUCUUUUACCAGUAACUCCGCCCUCCGUUACCACCAGCGAGUUCACACUGGAGAAAGGCCUCAUGAGUGUAGUGAAUGUGGGAAACAUUUUGCCAGUAGCUCUGCCCUUCGUUACCAUCAGCGAGUUCACACUGGAGAAAAGCCUUAUGAGUGCAAUGAAUGUGGGAAAUCUUUUACCAGUAGACCUUCCCUCCAUGAUCAUCAGAGAGUUCACACUGGAGAAAAGCCUUAUGAGUGUGGUGAAUGUGGGAAAACUUUUAGGAGGAUAUAUUACUUUAAUUGUCAUCGGAGAGUUCACACUGGAGAAAGGCCUUAUGAGUGCAGUGAAUGUGGGAAAUCUUUUACCAGGAGCUCUGUCCUUCAUAAUCAUCAGAGAGUUCACACUGGAGAAAAGCCUUAUGCGUGUGGCGAAUGUGGGAAAUCUUUUAAAAGGAAAUAUUACUUUAAUUGUCAUCAGAGAGUUCACACUGGAGAAAAGCCUUAUGAGUGCAGUGAAUGCGGAAAAUCUUUUAAGAGGAGAGAAAACUUUAAUUCUCAUCGGAGGCUUCACACUGGUGAAAGACCUUAUGAGUGCAGGGAAUGUGGGAAAUCUUUUACCAUCAGCUCUGCCCUUCUUAAGCAUCACAGAGUUCACACUGGUGAAAGACCUUAUGAGUGCAGUGAAUGUGGGAAAUGUUUUACCUAUAGCUCUGACCUUCGGUGUCAUCUAAGAGUUCACACUGGAGAAAGGCCUUAUGCAUGUGGUGAAUGUGGGAAAUCUUUUACCAGUAGCUCUAUUCUUCAUAUUCAUCAGAGAGUUCAUACUGGAGAAAAACCUUAUGAGUGCAGUGAAUGUAAGAAAUGCUUUAGACAAAGAUCUGCCCUUAGUUAUCAUCAGAGACUUCACACUGGAGAAAGGCCUUAUGAGUGCAUAGAAUGUGGGAAAUCUUUUACCAGUAGCUCUGCCCUCCGAUACCAUCAGCGAGUUCACACUGGAGAAAGGCCUUAUAAGUGCAGUGAAUGUGGGAAACAUUUUACCAGUAGCUCUGCUUUCCGUUACCAUCAGCGAGUUCAUACUGGGGAAAAGCCUUAUGAGUGCAAUGAAUGUGGGAAAUCUUUUACCAGUAGCUCUGCCCUCCAUGACCACGAGAGAGUUCACACAGGAGAAAGGCCUUAUGAGUGCCUUGAAUGUGGGAAAUCUUUUAUCAGUAGUGCUUCCCUCCAUGAUCAUCAGAGAGUUCACACUGGGGAAAAGCCUUAUGAGUGUGGUGAAUGUGGGAAGUCUUUUAGGAGAAUAUAUUACUUUAAUUGUCAUCGCAGAGUUCACACUGGAGAAAGGCCUUAUAAGUGCAGUGAAUGUGGGAAAUCUUUUACCAGGAACUCUGCCCUCCAUGAUCAUCAGAGAGUACACACUACAGAAAAGCCUUAUGAGUGCAGUGAUUGUGGGAAAUCUUUUAGAAGGAAAUAUCACUUUAAUUGUCAUCAGAGAGUUCACACUGGAGAAAGGCCUUAUGAAUGCACUGAAUGUGGAAAAUCUUUUACCUGUAGUUCUUACCUUAUUUGUCAUCAGAGAGUUCACACUGGAGAAAAGCCUUAUGAGUGCACAGAAUGUGGGAAAUCUUUUACCUGUAGUUCUUACCUUAUUUGUCAUCAGAGAGUACACGCUGGAGAAAAGCCUUAUGAGUGCAGUGAGUGUGGGAAAUCUUUUAAGAGGAAAGAAAACUUUAAUUCUCAUCAGAGGCUUCACACUGGCGAAAGACCUUUUAAGUGCAGUGAAUGUGGGAAAUCUUUUACCAUGAACUCUGCCCUUCGUAAGCAUCACAGAGUUCACACUGGCAAAAGGCCUUAUGAAUGUGGUGAAUGUGGGAAAUGUUUUGCCUAUAGCUCUGACCUUCGGUGUCAUCUGAGAGUUCACACUGGAGAAAGGCCUUAUGAGUGUGGUGAAUGUGGGAAAUCUUUUACCAGUAGCUCUGUUCUUCGUAUUCAUCAGAGAAUACAUACUGGAGAAAGGCCUUAUGAGUGCAGUGAAUGUGGGAAAUCUUUUUCCACUCGGAAUGGUUAUCGUUGUCAUCAGCGCAUUCACACUGGUGAAAGACCUUAUGAGUGUAGUGAAUGUAAGAAAUGUUUUAGACAAAGCUCUUCCCUUAUUCAACACUAUAGAGUUCAUUCGGGAGGAAAACCAUAUGAGAGCAGUUAAUGUGGAAAAAUAUGAGUAGUUCUGCCUUUUGUCAUCAUUGAAAUGUUUACAUUGGAUAAAGACUUUUUAAAUGCAGUAAAGUUCGGAAAUCUUUUACCAGUAAUUUGGUAUUAUCAGAGUUUACAAAGGGAAUAGGCUUUAUGAGUGCUUUGAAUAUAGGAUAUCCUAUAGCUGUAACAGUCACCCAAAUUAUCAUGAAUAGUUCACAAAAAAGAAAAGCCUUAUGAGUGGAGUGAAUGUGGGAAGUGGGUUUCUUUUUUUUUUUUCCUUCAGUUUUCUUCAAAAAAAAAUUUUUGCUUAUUAUUUAGAG